AUGAAAGAAUCGAACGUUGGGCGUAUUGCAUUUGGCGUCUGUGUUAGCUUAGCGAUGGUUUUCACUUUGAUUUCUUUAUUAACGCCAGGUAAUCAAGCCUGGCGGACAUUCCAGAAAAGAGCAAAGCACUCAAGACUGAAUAUUCCGACUUCUAUCGGUCUCCUUCGAUAUCAGUGCAUUGAAUAUCUAAAUAACUAUGCGUAUUCAAAAAGCGGAGUAGAAAUACUGAAAAAGAAUUUCUGCGAUUACGUCUUUAAUAAUCAGGCUUCAUGGGAUAAAAUGGUAUUAUAUACGUUGAUAUCUUCAUUCAUAAUUGAAUUAGUCUCAAUUAUAUAUCUGUUUCUUCCACGAGAUUUCUGUUGUGAACGCUAUGAAUACAUGGCUCUUCCAUUUAGUAUUUUUGCAACAUGUAUAAUAACUCUUCUUUUGUAUGGAGUUAUUUCUUAUGCUUUAAGAUAUCAGGAAAUUACAAUUAUAAUGGAAAAUUUUUCGAAAAAAGUUCCUCCGAACAUAUUUGAUCCAUCAGAAAUCAAAGUUGGCCUCGGAUAUAGUUAUUACUUAUCUUGUAUUGCUCUUGGUUUUGCUUUCUUAUCAUUAUCAGCAGCCAUUUUUAACAUUACUUUGCCAUGGUGUUUUUUAUGGUGA